UUGUUUAUUCUGUUUUUUGUGAUAUAUAUUCCUAUUAUAUUGUGACUGUUCAAUUUUAUAUUUCUUUCGCAUUUUUUUUUUUUUUUGCUGUGGUUGUUCUCCCGAAAACUUAUUGUAUUUGCCACACACACAAUGAUACUGGAAUCUGCCGAAGAUAUGACCAAUAGUACGGAAAAUGAAAUGAUGAACAAUUCAAGUACAAUAUCAUCGUUUACAUUUGAAAAUGAAAUAUCGGAAACUUUCACCGAUGGUGGUGGCAGUGGCGGUGGCGGUGGUAUUGAUGGUGGUGUUGAUGCUGGUGCUGGCCAGAACGAUGGUUCAUCAAUCGAUUUUAGAAUGAUUAGUGCUAUCAUUACUAUUGUUGCACUGUUAAUCAUUGGUGGUUGGGCAUUAAAAUCUCGUUUUUCAAAAAAACGAAAAUCUCCCGGUUCAUCAAAACCACCAGCUUCUGGAUUAGAUAAUCAAAAAACUGGUAAAUUUAUAUCCAAAACAGAAAAUGUACAAUCAUCAUCAACUGCAUCAGCAACAAGAUCGAUUACACCAACAGUAGUAACAACUGGUGGUAGUAGUGAUGGUGGUGGUGGUGGUGGUAGUACUGCAGUAACGGUUACACCUAAACAGGAAGGAUUUACUGCAGCCGUUGGUGAAGGUAUUACUGUUACGGUAAAACAGAUAACGAAUUAGUCUUAUAUAUGGGGGAUGGCAUUCAACAACAGACAUCAUCAAAGACACCUACACACACACACACACAUGCACGCACACCCAUUAUACAAAAAAGCGUAUUUUUCUUUACCAUUUUCCCUUGGAUGUCGCCGUGGCCAUUGCCCCAAAAAUGAUGAUUACAUUAAAAAUUUUUUUCCCCCA